CCUUUAUUUAUAGGGGGCAUAAGGGCUUGGCAGGCGCGUCACCUCCCCGAGCUCUACCUCUACCUCUACUUCUAAAGUGUGUACCAGGACCGCUCCCUUCCUCCCCAGCAACCUGCCGAUUCUGCCACCCCCACCGCAAUGCCGUAAAUCGAGGUACAUGGCUAGCAAGUAACACUCGGUGAGCAACGGUAAGCAUCGGUGGCCGCCCAAUCACUUGCCUGUCUUGUCCCAGUGGUGGAACGCCUACUGACAGGGUCUGUUGGGAAUCCCAGCCUAGUCAAUGGUCUUAAUGGUCUCGGUAUUAUCUCCUUGGAAGUUAUCCUAGACAUCGGAAACAGCAAUAAACCAUCGGCGGGUUCCGACCCUCCUUUCCCUCUCUCCUCCAACCACCUGAGCCGGCUCCCCUCCUAACGAGGACCAAAGCUCCCAUCGGCGUAACCACCAUGAACCGCAUCGACGCCUCCGAUCACUACAACCAGGGCACCACCGCCUCCCAGGUCCCCUCGCUCCUCACCGUCAUCAUCGACACCAAUCCCCGCGCCUGGGCCGCCCUCCACGACCUCCUGCCCAUCUCCAAGGCUGUCGCCAACCUGCUCGUCUUCAUCAACGCUCACCUCGCCUUCGGCAACCAGAGCCAUGUCGCCGUCCUCGCCGCCCACACGAAUCGCGCCGUCUGGCUCUAUCCCAAGCCCCCGAACCUGGAGCACCGCCAAAACGGCAGCAGUAGCGACGACCAGGAUGUUGAGAUGACCGAUAUCGACGAAUCCGCCUCCUCCUCAGCCAACAAGUUCCCUCAAUUCGCCCAGAUAGAGACUACGAUCCUGGCCUCGCUGCGCUCCCUCGUCGACAGCACCACCCCCGCCGACCUCAGCACCACCACGCUCGUCUCCGGCGCGCUCUCCAUGGCGCUCUCCUACAUCAACAAGAUGUCGCAUGCCGGCGACCUGAUCGCCCCCGUCCCGUCCUCCUCCUCCGACCCCGCGAACCCUCCCUCAGCCGCGGCGGCGAACGCGGACACCGUCGGUCCGGGCACCCUGCAGGCGCGCAUCCUCGUGCUCUCGGUGUCGGACUCGGAGCCGGCGCAGUACAUCCCGACGAUGAACGCGGUCUUCGCCGCGGCGCACGCGCACGUGCCGGUGGACACGCUCUCGCUACGCGGCAGCCCGGCGUUCCUGCAGCAGGCGGCCUUCAUCACGGGCGGGACCUUCGUCUCGACGGCCGACGGCGACAGCGCCGGCCCGCGCGGCCUGCUCGCCUACCUCAUGUUCGGGCUGCUCGCGGACGCGGGCGCGCGGCGCGCCUUCUUCGUCAGCCCGACGCAGGACUCGGUCGACUUCCGCGCCGCCUGCUUCUGCCACCGGCGCGUCGUCGACACCGGCUUCGUGUGCAGCGUCUGCCUCAGCAUCUUCUGCGAGCCGCCCGCCGGCGCCGCCUGCCUCACCUGCGGCACCCGCCUCGCCCUCGCCGCCGCCUACGGCGCCCGCCCCGCCGUCGUGCCCCGCGCCCCCAAGAAGAAGAAGCGGCCCCGCGCCAACGGCACCGGCACCCCGAUACCAGGGUGAAGGAGGUGGAGAGGGAGAGGGAGGUGUUGGGGGGGCACAACUGCUCAUCUGGUCCCGUUCACCACCCCCUUCUCUCUACGAGCGGCUUACCCGCUAUUGUACUACCACUACUACUAUUACGACUAUUGCCGCUGCCGAAUUUACAGCA